AUGGCCGUGAAGAUUGCCCAUGACAUGGGUAUCUUCGCCCUGUUAUCGCAAACAACCUCAUUCGUCACCUGUGAAGACCUAGCUACGGAGAAAAACGCCGACGUCCAGCUUGUGGGCAUACCCUGGUCGGCAGAGCGCAUCAUACGGGUUCUCGUCUGCAACGGUUUCGCCCGUGAACUGAAUAUCGGUCAAUAUGCACCGACAGACCUGUCACGACAAAUGACCGAGCGGUUGACGAUUGCAACAAUGGAUUCACUUUUCAUAGACAUCCUCCCAGUCAUCCACAAAACUCCGGAAUACUUCCAAAAGACCGGCUACAAAUCCCCUAGCGACCCCACCAACAGCCCUUUUCAAUACGCAUACAACACCACCGAUUCGUGCUGGGACUGGAUGACCCAGCACCAGGACGCUCUGGGCCGCUUUAACACGUCCAUGGAGGGCAGCCGAGACAGGAUCGUCCACUGGGCUCAAUGGUUCCCCGUUCAAACGCAGCUACUGGAUGGGGCGGUGGCGGACCGUCCGCUACUUGUGGACGUGGGUGGGGGUCGUGGGCACGAUAUCCUCGGGUUCAUGGAGCGGUUUCCGUCGACGUCUGGGAGGUUGGUGCUGGAGGACUUGCCGUCCGUUAUCGAAGAUAUUCGGAGCCUCGAUAGCGGGAUUUGGAGAGUCAAGCAUGACUUCUUUAAGCCGCAGUCUGUACAAGGUGCGCGUGCAUACUACUUUAGGCACAUCACGCAUGACUGGUCGGAUGAGCAUUGCCAGACCAUCCUGAAACACACUACCGCUGCUAUGGAGAAGGGGUAUUCCAAGGUCUUGAUUGCGGAUUACAUCGUUCCGGACCUGAAUGCUGGACCGAAGGAGACCUUGAUCGAUAUGGCUGUCAUGGUAUGGUGUACGGGGUUUGAGCGGACGCGUCGCAGAUGGAUGGAGCUUUUGCAGUCGGUUGGGUUGGUGGUUACGAACUUCUGGCUGCCGGAGGGGAAUACCAAGGGUAUUAUCAAGGCUGAACUACUAGAUACACCGGAUACACCAGAGCAAGAUGUAGAGGCCUAUCCAAUGGCACGUAUUUCUCAUGACCCUAAUUUUUAA